AGAGGGAACCACUAAAAAUAGAAUACUUUUCUUUGGGUGAAAUAUCUACAGCACAUUACUGGACUAUUUGCUGUAUAUUCCAGGAACAUUCAUAGAAAUAUCUACAGCACAUUACUAGAAUAUUUGCAGAACAUUCGUGCACAUUCGUAGCACAUUCAGAUGAACAUUCUAGAGAUGUUUCUAGAACUUUUGAAGUGCUCCGUUGGUACAUUCUAUAAAUAUGCCUCGAACGUAUAAAACGACUAUUAGAAGAUUCCUGGAAUCUUCGAAUGUUCUUGGCGAAUAUUCCUAGAAUGUUAAUGGAACGUUUUUGUGCUAUUUGGGAUCAGUUAUUGUAUCGUAUCUCAAUGAGGGAGAAAUUUCCCUUGAACACAUGGAUGUCGUUGGCUGUGACGGUACUAAUACCAAUACCGUAUGGAAGAGUGGUGUUAUCCGACAACUCGAAGUACAAAGUGGACGGCCAUUGCAAUGGGCUGUUUGCUUACUACAUUUUAUUGAGUUACCUUUCCGCCAUCUGUUUCAAUAUUUAGAUGGGGUAACAACUGACCCAAGAUCAUUUAGUGGACCGAUUGGACAGUCUCAGCGGCUGCAACAAUCGAGAAGUGGUAGAAUUUCAAUCGAUUGACUGUGAGAUCCCGGACAUUGAUAAGAAACUACUGAGCAAAGAUCAAAGAUACCUAUUUGACGUAUCCCAAGCAAUUAAAUCUGGCACUUUUCCAAACGACUUGGCAAAUUGUGAUCCCGGCCCAAUCUCACACGCCAGAUGGCUCACCUGUGCAAAUAGAAUCCUUCGACUAUAUGUUAGUGUUGUGAAUCCUUCGGAUGCCUUGAUAAGUAUUGUCACUUUUAUUUUGAAAUCAUAUAUGCCGGUGUGGUUCAAAAUUAAAUGUGAUAACCAGAUUUCAAACGGGCCCAUUCAUGUGUACCGGGCAGUAGAAACAGCUAGAUACCUGAGUGAUGAAUUGAAGGCAGUGGUAUUCCCGGUAAUCGAACAAAAUUCUUUCUACGCCCAUCCUGAAAACAUUUUAAUAGCCAUGAUAUUUGAUGAAAGGAGAAAUAUUAGAAAAUUAGGGCUCAAGAGAGUGCUAAAAGCCAGACAGUCUGCUUCGACUGGGAAAGGCAUUAGGAACUUUCACACUCCUUUACUCAAAUUUGACGCAUUAGAUUACACGGAUAUGAUAGAUUGGAGCACUACAAAAAUAUCGUCUCCACCUUUUCUCCGUGCGAUAAGUAAUGAAGAAAUUAAAAGCUUCAUACAAUCGGGUGAGAUCCCUGAUUGGGAUAUAAAAGAGUUCCCAUGUCACACGCAAGCCGUAGAGCGUUGCGUGAAGCUAGUUACCGAAGCUUCACUUAAGGUAUGCGGGCCACAAUCAAGGGACGGAUACAUUAGAGCAACACUCAAAUCGAGAGACGCGAUUAAAGAAUUCAGUACUAAGGCAGAUUACAAGGUGGCAUCGGCAUAAAUCGGCACACACUCUUAAUGGUUGGAUGGAGGGAAGGGUGUGGGUGGAACUCGAAGUGCAGCCACCUCCUCGUGGUGAGUUCUGGGUUGUUUAGAUAAAAAAUUAAAAUUAAUUAGAUUAUUUCUAAGCAAGCGAAGAGCUGCACAUUUGUAUGUAAACUUACGAAAAAAUGAAAAAUUUGCAAUUUUUGCAAAUAUUCAGACGCUUUGCGCGUUCGGAAGAUAAGCUUUAAAAGCGGUGAUUUUUUUUGCAGACUAUUCAAUGCUACUACUUACGUUUGAGCACCAUAGCGCUAAAAAAAAUACAAACCCCAAAUUA